CACUGUUUCUCUCACCUCCUUGGCAGCCCCUGCUCACUUUCCUCUGCAGGCUCCUCCUGGGGAGGCUCCGCUGGCCCCCAGCACAGGCCACCUUCCUGCUGUGUCACACACAAGCUCCUUUCUCCAGCUCUCCUUCCUCCCAUCAACUCCAGGUGCCAGCUACUCCUGCUUGAGUAUCUCGCAGAAAUCUCAAACCUAAUAUUUAGUUUUUAAUUAUAUCUUUUUAAUUUUAACCUUCCAACAUAUUGUUGUUACUGCUUUAGACAGUUUUCAUGUUUACUGCAUCUUUACCACUCUUUGCUCAUAAUUUCUUCUUACAGCUCAGACCUUCCAGCUGGGAACAUUUUCUUUCUUCCUAGAGUAUAUCCUGUGGAAUUUUCUUUAGUUUGGGAUCACACUCUCUUAGAUUUUUUGUAUCAGAAAAUGUCUUUAUCUCAUCCUUGUUCUUAAAAGGUGUUUUCACUAUGUAUGAAAUUCUGGGGUGGCAGUUGUGUUUGUAUCACCACACUGAAUAUUUUAUUCCACUUUCCUCUGGCUUCUAUCAUUUAAGUUAGGAAUUUGCUAUCAGCUUAAUUUCCAACCUAAUAUUUAAAGAAUGAAACUCUUCGUUUUCUCCUCUAAGCCUCAUCUCCCCAAAUCUUUCCCAUUUCAGCAAAUACCAUUACCGCCCAUCCAAGCUGCUCAAGCCAGAAAUCUCGAAGUUGAUCUUGAUUUCUCUCUCAUCACAUAAGUGGCAGAUUCUACCAAGCAUCCCCAAUAUAGAUCCCACAUCCUCUGUCUCACCUUCUCUGCUACUUCUGCCCCACUCCAAGCCACUGUCCCGCCUCCCUUGAGCUGUCCCAGAGCCCCUGCCUGGUCUCCCCGCUCUCACUGAGCCCUCCACUGUCUGUUCUCCAUGCAGCAGCAGGCGAUCUUAAAAAUAAAUACACCUGUCACUUCCCUGCUUAGCCCUGGGAACCCCAUGGGAUCCAGCCCCAUCCUCUUCUCCCACCCUCCGCAGGGCCAACUGCACCAGCCACGCUGGCUGGCUUUCUGUUCCCCUCACUCCUGGAGACCUUUCCGGUCUCAAGUAAGAAAUCAGACAUGCAGUUUCAUCUGCCUAAAAUGCCACCCCAUGCACUCCCCGUGCUGGCUCCUCUUCACAGGGAUGUGGUGCUCCUGGUCUCCCCUGCAGUGAGCUCCCCACCUGCUCACUUCCCUCUCUCCCCACCCCUUCCCCCGCCAGCAUGCGUCACAGUCUAUAAUCACACGUUGAUUAUGAUUACGUCCCUGCUUGUUAAGUUUCUGUCUGUCACGUGAUUCAAAGCUCCUGAGGACAGGGGUCCUGUGUUUUGUUCCUGACGGUCAGCAGCUUCUCGCAUUGGGACGGCUCGGAGCUGGUGCUGGCUGAGCCAUGGCCACGUGCCACACGCCCUGUGAGGCUGGAGGCCUCAGGGACGGUUUGCCUUUAGGCCGAGGUGACUUUAGGUUUCUGGCUCACCUGGCUGGGCACAGUGUUGUAAAAUCCUCCACGCAGAAGGAGCAGCUUGGGGAAGGUAAUGAACCGGGUUUGUGUUGCACUGACCUUGCGCUCAGCCUGCCUCUAACAUUUGUCAGCCCCAGAACGUGAACAGCGGAGCUCCCCGCCACCUCCCGCCCCAAGGUGUGUUUGGAUAUGUCAGUGUUAUAACACGGCACGUGAUGAACUGUUCUAUAACGUAUGUCCUCUUUUCCUGCCUCCCAUUUUUAUGACAACCUAGAGACCCAGGUUUGGACUGGAAUUCUCUGCUGAAUGUGGCUGCUGCAUAGAGCCUACCCCAUCUUUAGCCCCUUCCCUUUUUCUUCCCCAGCCUGGCUUGGUACCACACAUGCAUGGAGGAGGGCAGCCCACUCCCAAAUCCACCCCAUCUCUCUCUGUCUCUCCCCCUUGCCCCAGGUCUGGGGCUGCACAGGGCAGUGAUGCAGUGUCCCCAGGGAGGGGAGAGGCCCUGUGGGCCCAGGAAGCAGAGAAUCCCAGGCUCCUGGGUGCCCAGAGUGUAGUGGAGAAAGGUAGGCACGUUCCAGGCCAUCGGACUCCUUGCUCUGUGUGUGUGUGUGUGUGUGUGUGUGUGUGUGUGUGUGUGUGUGUGUGUGUUGGGUGGGGGGAUGCAGCUGGAGGAGGGCUCUAGCUGGAGCCCCGCCCUCUGUGCUGUGGGCCAGGCUGGCCUGGGUCUGAGGCCCUAUGAUUAUGGGCCUUGCAAGUGGAGGAGUCUUCUGGGUGGUCAGAUUUAUGAAGACCGAGCUGAGGAUGGGGCACGGGUCUUUGGACCCUCAGCAGGGAAGCUGGUGGUCAGUGUGGCUGGAGAAUAGAUUGUGCAGAGGGAGGAGAGGAUGGUAUGCUGAGUGUCGUCCCCCCAGCCUCAGACUCAGGCUCCUGGACACCUGUGUCCUGCAGACAUAUGUUGGGAAUUCAGCCAUGGGAGACGGAUGACAGUUGGUUCAUGGGGUCAGAUGCUGUGAGUUCUAACCACAGUUUUGUGAUUUCCCAGCUGUGGAACCCUGGGUCGUGGCUUAACCUCUCUGAGCCUGCCUCUGGAUCUGUGUAAUGGAUAUAGUAACGCUUCCUAAUGUAGGUGAGAGAGGUGGCUCAGGGGCUCUUGGAGGACCCUUUGUCACUUCAGGACAGUUGUACCAGGUGCCUUUAUUACUUAUAUAAGACAUAGCCACACACACAUCGAGGGACGCAGAAAAGUUGCCAGCCCCAGGGCCUUCCCGAGUUUCACUGGGUGCCCUGCAAGGAACCAAGAGCUGGGCAGAGAUGAGGACCUGGGGACAGGACCGCAGGGAGGAGGGGUGGGGCGUGCUCACAGUCCGGGGCGCGGCGCCUUCCUCUUUCUCUCUCCCAGGCCCCUGACUCUGGGCCGUGGAGGGUGGAGGCCCCCUGGGAGCAGGGCCGCGGGGCCGGGGACCAGAAGCGCUGGGCCUGGGAGUGGGGGCUCUCGUCUCAGGACAGGAAGUGUGAGGUGCAGAGCCGCUGGGGAGCCUCGGAGGCCCUGGGGGCGCAGGGGGGUGAGUGUGGUGAGGGGAGCGGAAGUCGGAAGCUGCAGGCGCCACGUUCACCGCUCACGGGGCAGACGGACCCGGCGGCAGGACCGCUCCUGGGGAGCCGGGCCCACGCAUCCCUUCCCGGGGCCUCUGGAGGAAGGCGAUGUCACCACCUGUGGGACUGAGCUCACAAGACUGAGCUCUGGUCUGCAAAGCAUGAGCUGGGGUAGAUGCGCGGUCCCAGGCGCCCCCCUGGGCGGCGCUCCCUCUAAUCCACACAAUGGGCUGGUGAAGGCGGAUGCUUCCGGGGGCUCCCGCGCAGCUGGCACUCUGUGGACGAUGGGUGACGACGGACUCUGUGAACACCCCAAACCUGUGGAAUUUCUUGACAUCUAUUUGGGAGACAGCCUGCGGCCCCACCCUGGAGCACACCUCAGGGAGACAUGUGGCCGCCCCGACCCGCUCGAACCUGGCGGGGAGCUGACCGGGGCCUCGGACCCUCCUGAUUCCACGAGGCAAGAUGCUCAUCUCAGGGGCUCCAGCCCAGACCUCAUGCACCUGGGGAGUGGCUCUUCCCAGGAGGGGGCCAGGCAGAGAGGAGGAUCCCCCGGGUCAGCCGGGGACAGCCACCCUCUGGGGAGCCCAAGGCAGAGCCAGAGCACGUCCACCCAGGUGGUGUUCUGGGCGGGCAUCCUGCAGGCCCAGAUGUGUGUCCUGGACCUGGAGGAGGAGCUGGAGAAGACGGAAGAGCUCAGAGCUGAGCUGAGAUGCUGCCUCCCCACGGCCCCUGCCAACCUCCCCACUUACCCAUCCAGCCCGGUGGGCCCCCGGGACUCAGGCCUCCGCCCCAGCCCACCCGUGGACGUGGAUGGAGCCUCGGGGGAAGACAGCAGCGGGCCUGAAGAGGAGAACCAGAACCCGGUGUGGCCGAAGGAGGGCGUGCCAGACGCGUCCCCAGAGUGGGGUGCCGAGGAGGAGAGCAUAUUCUUUGACAACCCCCUCUUCCUGGAGAGCCCUGGCUCGGAUGCCAGUGCAGCUGAGGCACGCUUUUCCUGGGGGUUCUCAGACUACUGCGCAGAUGUGAGGACAGGGCCCCAGAGCCCACAGACCCCGGAGUCCCCACCCUCCGGAGGCAGAGUGCCAUGGGAGCUGGGCAGUGAGCCGGAUUUGGGGGACAGCACAGCAGAUUCCAGCGGGCACACCACGCCUCCGUUCCCCGUGCCCAUCUACAGGCUGCACUCCUGCUGGUCUGCGGUGGACGCCACCGAGGCAGCUCCCGCACCGCCUCCUGGCCAGGAGGAGAGGGAGACUCCUCUGGGAGACCGUCUUCACCCUGCCCCGUCGGCAGCAUCCUGUGUGGACCAAGCAUUGACCUGGGAAACGGAACGUGUGGGAUCUGAUGCCAGCCCUGCCACACAUCCCAUGCAACCUGGGGCCCUGCCCAGCCUCGAGGGCUGGCAGACCGAGGAUGUUCCUUCCUGGCCCCAGCGGCCUCUUAGCUCCCAGGACAGAGGUGACAGGGAUGCAGAGUGUGCCCAGGAGUCUGCUCCCUGCACCGUGGCCCCUGGCCCCUGGGGGAGCCCAGCCUCCUCGCCGGAGCCGAACAGCCCUGAGUCUGAGGGCAGAGGCCCCGGCCCCUGGCCCAGCCCUGUGUCCUCCCAGGAAGGCAGCCCGCAGCUCCACCCGGGCAGCGUUCUUCCCAAGUGGACGCUAGGUGCUUCCAGCCCUUCAUUCCUGGAGACAGAUGGGGCAGAGCCAAGUUCCCUGGAGAAAGAGGAGGCAGGAACGGUCCCAAGCCCAGAGAAGGAAGUAAAGAGUGAAAGCCCAGCCAGGACUGCAGAGGCUGGAGCCGGCCAGCCUGACAAUCUCCUGCCUUCUACAGAAGGGCUUCCCGAGAGCCCCAUGCCCCAAGCGCAGCCCCCAGAGGAAGGCCAGAGGCCACCGGCUGGAGACAAGCUGGCGAAUGGCAUCGGGACUGACAAGGUGGCCUGGAACUUGGCCUCUCGCCUCUAUCACUUGGAAGGCUUCCGGAAGUCUGAAGUGGCCGCCUACCUGCGGAAGAACAACGACUUCUGCAGGGCUGUGGCUGAGGAGUACCUGUCCUUCUUCCAGUUCGGAGGCCAGAGCCUGGACCGUGCGCUCCGGGGCUUCCUCCAGGCCCUGGUACUCAGUGGGGAGACCCAGGAGCGAGAGCGGAUCCUCUACCAGUUCUCCAAGCGCUUCCAUCACUGCAACCCUGGGCUCUUCUCCUCAGUAGACUGCGUGCACACCUUGACUUGUGCCGUCAUGCUGCUGAACACGGACCUGCACGGACAGAACAUCGGGAAGAGCAUGAGCUGCCAGGAGUUCAUAACCAACCUGAACGGCCUGCGGGACGGCGGGAACUUCCCCAAGGAGCUGCUCAAGGCCCUCUAUUGGUCUAUCCGAAGUGAGAAGCUCGAGUGGGCCGUGGAUGAAGAAGACGUAGCCAGGCCCGAGAAGGCCCGGCCGUCUCCCCCGGCUGGCAAGAUUAGCAACCCCUUCCUCCAGCUGGCCCAGGACCCCACGGUGCCUACCUACAAGCAAGGCAUCCUGGCUCGGAAGAUGCAUCAGGAUGCAGACGGCAAGAAGACGCCGUGGGGCAAGCGUGGCUGGAAGAUGCUCCACACCUUACUGCGAGGGAUGGUCCUCUACUUCCUAAAGGGAGAGGACCAUGGCCUUGAGGGGGAGAGUCUGGUGGCACAGAUGGUGGACGAGCCGGUGGGGGUGCACCACUCGCUGGCCACCCCGGCCACGCACUACACCAAGAAGCCCCAUGUCUUCCAGCUGCGCACAGCCGACUGGCGCCUCUACCUCUUCCAGGCACCCACUGCCCAGGAGAUGACUUCCUGGAUCACGCGCAUCAACCUGGCCGCAGCCACGUACUCAGCACCGCCCUUCCCCGCCGCGGUGGGCUCCCAGCGCAAGUUCGUCAGGCCCAUCCUGCCCGUGGGCCCCGCCCAGAGCUCCCUGGAGGAGCAGCAUCGAUCCCACGAGAACUGCCUGGAUGCUGCCUCCGACGACCUGCUGGAUCUGCAGAGGAACUUACCGGAGCGGCGGGGCCGCAGCCGCGAGCUGGAGGACUACCGCUUGCGGAAGGAGUACCUGGAGUACGAGAAAACCCGCUACGAGACAUACCUGCAGCUGCUGGUGGCCCGUCUGCACUGCCCGUCGGAUGACCUGGACCUGUGGGAGGAGCAGCUGGGGAGGGAGUCUGGAGGCCCGCCGGAGUCCAAGCCCAGCCUGAAGAAGUCCCACUCCAGCCCGUCCUUGCACCAGGAUGAGGCCCCCACCACGGCCAAGGUCAAACGCAACAUCUCGGAGCGCAGAACCUACAGGAAGAUCAUCCCCAAGCGGAACCGCAAUCAGCUGUGAAGCCGGUGCCGCCUCACCGACUCUGCCCCCACGGCCUGGGCCUGGGGUGGACUUGGGAUGAAGCCCUGAGGAAGAGCCUUAUAUCAGCGGGUCCCUGAUCGUGAGACCCCGCCCCUUCCCCCCUCUGAAGGACAACCUCGCUUCCCUGUGGUCCUCCCUCUCGCCCUCCAGCCCUGGAGUUUUCCUAAUACUGCUGCCCCCGCCCCUGGCUGCUCCCAAGGCGGGAGGAAGGUCAAGGAUUUGGCUCUGCUCCCACAAUUUGUCCCAUGUCACCCUCCAUCCCUCCAGAAGCCACAGAGGAUACCUUUCCUGGGUCUGGGGGCAGCCAAGCGCUUGUUGGAGAAUCGGAGUGCCCGAGGGCCCCUCGGCCUCCGGGACAGGGGCUGGGGCAGCAGAGCCCUCUGGGCAGGCAAGCUAGGAGAGCCGCAGCCCUGAGGGUGGUCUUGUUCUGGGAAUCGGGUGGCCUGCUGGGAGAGGUCCUGGGGGACCCCAACCAUGCUCUGCCCACUGGGGCGACAGCCUUCUGGGCAGGGGCAGGGACUCGGCAAGUUCAAGGGCUCAGUGAGGCUGACUGUGGCCCCCUGCCUUUGUCUCCUCUCCCCCACAUCAUGCACGCACGGCGGGGCAGACGAGAGAGGCCCCGCCUUCCACUGCCGAGAGUUGAUCAUCAGAGCAGAGCCCGUGGCGGUCAGUGAGGGCCGGAAGGGGUGGGGGCCUGCAGAGCUCAGUGCAGAGCCCUGCAACAAGGGGGCUUUCUCCUUGGAGUAGAGAAGGAGGUUCUCCAGGUCCAGGGAGGCCGAGGGUAAGAGCUGGUGACGCAUCCCACAUCCCCUGGGGGCCCUGGAGAGUCGCGAGGGGCGGGUGGAGGCCUGGCCCCCUUCCCGCACACCUCUUCCCUGAAGGCUCCAUUCUCGAGGGGCUCCAGGACCCUCCCGGACCCCUGCCUUCCCCCAGCCUCCUCCCAGGGGCCUUUGCCACCCUCCCUGGGACGUCCCCUCGGGCUCCCUCAGGCUGCCUCUCGGCUGGGCUGUUCUCUGGAGGAGGUUCCGGACCCUUGCGGAUCUGAGGCUCUGCCUGUGGGAAGGAGGCUGGGCCGCCGGAGCAGCCACCAUUGUCUCUGUUCAGCCAAGUGUGGGAGCUGGCCGCCCGCCAAGAGGGGCCUCUCCAACGCCCGCCUGCUGGCUGACGCAAGGCCCUGUCCUCUCCUUCAUGCUUGUAACCAGCCCUGGGGCCUGGAACUCCACCAGGUGGGGCUGGCCCUCGGGGUACACGACGGGUGUCUGGCCAGUGCCCUGGGCUGGGCCACACACCCAAUGGGUGCACAAUAAAUACAGGCCAGUGAAGAAAGAAGGAGGUGUGCACGCGUGUGGCGGGGAGGGGAGGAUCAGGCAGUUCCGGGCAGCUGGGGCCACCUGCAGCGGGGCAGGCUGGGUCCCCCUUGCCGUGUGUGUGUGCCUGUGUCUGCGUGCGUGUGCAUGUCUGUGGGUGUCUGUGUAGCACACUGAGUGUGUGCAGGAGUCACGUACAUAGGCUGUCACAGCUGGAGGGGACCUCAGAAUCAUCUGUUCAUCCACUCAUGUGUUCAUUCUUUCAUUUCACAAAUAAUAUGAACUACCUUUUAUGGGCCAGUACUGUGGCAUUCAAACAUGAAUUAAGCACGUCCCUGGCUUCCAGGAGAUGACCAUCCUGCUCUCUGGUUCCCAGCUGGCAGUGCAGAGGCUCGCUGGAGACAUCCCGUCCUACACAGAGGGAUUCGGAGACAGUAGGUCUGGGUCAGGGGCAUCAAUAGAUAUUUUUAAGGCUCCUUGGGCAACUCCGACGUGCAGGGGCAGUUAACAGCCACGACAGGGUCCAAUUGCCUCAUUUGACUGAGGUGGGACCCUAGCGCCCAGUGGACAUGACUUGGCCCAGGAUUGAUGCUUAUAGGCUGAAUGAAUGUGAGUGGGUUAUUUGACCUCACUGACCUAUAUCCUUACUUCUAAAACCAGAAUAAAAGGCAGAGGUUUGUUUGCAUGUG